AUGGGGAUGGGGACUAGCAAUUUCGUGAUACGAUGGGUGAAUUUCCUCACUAUGGUGCUAGCCAUUGGCAUUGUUGUAUAUGGGGUUUGGAUGAGCACGCAUCAUGACAGCUGCAAAAAGUCUCUCACCCUCCCUAUCUUAUUCCUCGGCGCUUUCAUCUUUCUCAUCUCCAUAAUCGGAUUCUUGGGAGCCUGGAAGAACAGCUCGAUUCUACUAUGGCUUUAUCUUAUCCUGCUGUGCAUUAUCUUGGUGGCGAUUCUGGUUUUCACCGUCUUGGCGUUUAUUAUAACAAAUAAUGGAUCUGGGCAUAGUGUCUCUGGAUUAAGGUACAAAGAAUACCAACUUCAUGAUUACAGUCCGUGGUUUCUUAAACAGCUGAACAACACAAAUCAUUGGAAACGGUUGAAGAGUUGCCUAGUGAAAUCCGACGAUUGCAACCACCUAUCCAGGAAAUAUAGGACCCUCAAGCAGUACAAGUCAGCUAAGUUAUCUCCCAUCGAGGCUGGUUGCUGCCGUCCACCAUCUGAGUGUGGUUAUCCAGCUGUCAAUGCUUCUUUCUACGACUUGAGCUUCCAUCCAGUAAGCUCCAACAAGGAUUGCAAGCUUUACAAAAACACCAGGGGUAUCAAAUGCUACAACUGUGAUUCGUGCAAGGCAGGAGUUGCUCAAUACAUGAAAACCGAAUGGAGAGUGGUCGCAAUCUUUAACCUCAUCCUGUUUGUUGUUUUGUCUGCUGUUUACUUUGUGGGAUGUUGCGCAAGGAGAAAUGCUUCAAGGGUUGGCUCGAAAGCUUGA